AUGGAACGUUCAAAAUUGUAUCAAUUAACUGACGAAGCAUCGAAAAAAUUGUAUGAACCUGUCAAUGAUAUCGAAUCGUUAAAUCAAUGGAGAAAACACAUGGUUAAUUUAAUCGAUGAAAUUUCUCGAUUAAAAUUAUCUCCAUCGAUCGAUUUGAAUGAAACCAACAAUAAUAGAUCUCUUGAUCCUACAGAUUGGUUAACAGCUAGGCAUGUUGCACAUCAAAUGCUCGAUACAUCUUUAGAAUCAAUUCAAUCAAUACGAAAUCGACCUGUUUGGCAGCCGAUUCCCAUUGAAAUUCGAGCAUCGAUUGAACAAGAACCUUUGCCUGAACACGGUCAAACGUUACCGAAUGUAUGUCAAGAUGUAUUAAACUAUGUUUUUCCGUAUACCAGAGGCAAUACACAUCCUCGUUUUUGGGGAUGGGUCAUGGGUGAAGGCACAUUAGGUGGUAUAUUAGCUGAAAUGAUGAUGGCAACAACGAAUAUCAAUGCAGGCGGGUGUACUCACAGUGCUGUUCUUAUUGAACGAACUGUUAUUCAAUGGAUGUGA